AAAUAGAUCAUUCAUUUUGAAAGUUGCAUUGUAAUACAAUAGAAGUUUUGGAGAGUGGAAGUAGGGUGAUCGAAUUGAUAAGAUAUCAUAUACAGUUACUCACGCAAUGAUGAAAUGCUGCAGUAAAAUAAAAAAUCGAUCAAUAAAUUUAACCAGUGCACAAGAUGGAUCGCAAUGUUAAAGCGGAUGCUUCUAGUUUUGGCGAAAGUUCGGAAAGAUUACUUGAGGAAGGACAUGAGAAAGCGACAGCAAAUAGAAAGGAUUCAGCGGGAAUCAAAAAUCCGCAAGAAGUAGAGGGUGCACGACGUUUUUCUGGAGUAAUUUCAAUUUCUGACACAUUUGGGAGAUUUUACGAACGAAAUUAUUAUUUAGAUCCAUUAGAAUAUAAGAGAGAUGGUGAUGAGCCUGGUUUAGUCCUCAUUCUAAAUCAAGAACAUUUCGAAGGUGCAGUCAACCCAACUAGACACGGAUCCAAAAAAGAUGUUGAAGAUAUAAUUACCUGCUUUGGUAGAUUGGGUUUUAACAUAAAUAGAAAGGAUCAUCUAUUCGAAGAUCUAUCACGAGAUAGUGUAUUGAAAAAAUUUGAUGAAGUUCUGAGGUCCGAUUUAUCGCAAAUCAAUUCUGUGUUAGUGUUUAUACUCUCUCAUGGUAGAAACUGUAACAUAAUCGCAUGUAAGGAUGGAUAUUUCAAAUUGGAGGAUAUCCUGACGAAAUUUGAAAAAUGUACAGCUCUCAAAGGGAAGCCAAAGAUGUUCGUUAUUCAGGCCUGCAAGGGUGAUGAUACUACAAAUUUGAGCAGUCAUGAUAAGUCUAAUAAGAUGAUAGUUCCUUGGUCAACUUUUGAAGAAAUUUAUUCAGAUAUGCUUAUCAUUUACAGCACACUUGAAGGGAAAUAUUCUUACAGGGACGAAAUGAGAGGAACUUGGUUGAUUCAAGAAAUCUGCAAGAAUUUCACUGCUUAUGGAUGGAGAGAUGACGUAUUGAGUCUUUCAUCAAGAGUUAUAAAAUGCGUAUGCACGAAGUUUAAUUGUUCGAAACCUGGAAGUCGUGAUGUGGAAAAACAGGUGCCAGUAAUAGUUUCCACGCUCAGCAAGAAAUUUUACCUGAAUAGAAAUAAGGAUAGGAAUUAUAUUUUGCAUUCAACUGGAAUGAUGAAAAUGAUAAUAGGCAUUUUUCAAUCAAUUUCUAAAUUAAUGACAAAUAGUAUGCAGCCUGAAAAUAAUGAGGCGACUUAUUGAGAACAAACUUCAAUGAAAUGUUCUACAGGUGGUCCAGCAUACAAUAAUGUAUAAAGGAGUCCAUACUUGAAAUGACUUAUUUGGUUUAUGUAUGUAACAUCUUUUCUUUUCUAAAAUUAAAAUUGAUUUCCUAUUUGAAAUCUAUCAGGGGUUUCCACAUUCCUACCAGCUCUUGUUUCAGUAAUAAGAUUUUCAGUGU